UUCCAGUGCCCAGUUUUCGUCCACUCUUCUUCGCGGCCGGUAGAUUUCUUCCCUCUUCAGACCGAGACAGCUUGUCGCUGCUGAGAUUUUUCCUGCUGCUGUUGCUGCUGCCACUCUCGCCGCCACCGCCACUGGGCUCAUUUGCCCCGACCCCUUCCCACUGCCCCGACCCCAACCCCACACAAGAUGUCAGAGGAUCUAGCAAAGCAGCUGGCAAGCUACAAAGCUCAACUCCAACAAGUUGAAGCUGCUCUCUCUGGAAAUGGAGAAAAUGAAGAUUUGCUAAAAUUAAAGAAAGAUUUACAGUGGCUCUCUGCAUCCCCGAAACGCCUUCCUUCAGUAAGCAGAGUGCUUGAGUGCACCCCCUUUGACCUGCUGAUAUGUAGAUCACAACAUCUGAUGCUUCCUGGAAUUGCCGAUUACUGUAACUGCUGCCCAUCUGUCAAUGAAGGAGCAGUUUCAGAACUCAGACUUGGGGGAGGAAAAGUAAUUAAUGGAAGUUAUAGAAUUAACCAAAGACCUUCUGUCAACUCAACCUUCUGAAACUCUUGCAAGUUCAGACAGUUUUGCUUCUACUCAGCCCACACAUUCGUGGAAAGUAGGAGACAAGUGUAUGGCAAUCUGGAGUGAAGAUGGACAGUGUUAUGAAGCGGAGAUUGAGGAGAUAGAUGAAGAAAACGGCACCGCUGCAAUCACCUUUGCUGGCUAUGGCAAUGCUGAAGUGACUCCACUGUUGAACCUCAAGCCUGUAGAAGAAGGAAGGAAGGCAAAGGAGGACAGUGGCAGCAAACCCAUGUCAAAAAAAGAAAUGAUUGCCCAGCAGCGUGAAUAUAAAAAGAAGAAAGCUUUGAAAAAAGCACAGAGAAUAAAAGAACUUGAGCAGGAAAGAGAAGACCAGAAGGUGAAAUGGCAACAGUUCAACAAUAGAGCCUAUUCUAAAAAUAAAAAAGGCCAGGUAAAGAGGAGUAUUUUUGCUUCACCUGAGAGUGUAACUGGCAAAGUUGGAGUUGGAACAUGUGGAAUUGCUGAUAAACCUAUGACACAAUAUCAAGAUACCUCCAAAUACAAUGUUAGGCAUUUGAUGCCUCAAUAAUCAGAAAAACUGUUGGAUUUCAUCUCUGCAGGGCUUUACAUUUACCUUUUUAUCCUUAUAUUUUUCUAAAGGUAAAUUAUUUGUUAGAUGAGUAAGGAAGAUACCAUUGUCGUCAUUAUUUGACUUCAAUAGAAUGAAACUUGAAGAAAUUGUAUUUGAUAACUGCUAUUCAUUUAAACUUUUUUCAUUACUACUACCACAGUUUCCUGGAAGUUUCUUGGAUAAAGCAACUUUUCUAGGUAGAUGCUGCGUAAAUACAGCACUUAGAUGAAUUAUUGAUCUUCCUAAUAUCAGGCCCCCACUUAGUGGAUGACAUUUACUUUUUGUAAAGUCCUAACUGGGAAUUUUCAGAUGCUUUGACCUUGCCACAUACUCUAGCAAUUCACUGGGACAUCAAGGCAGAACACCAACCUGCUGAAGUGAAUUUCUGUUAAUUUUUUUAUAUUCAGCAUAAACCUAGCUCUUGCCCAUUUAAGCCUAAAGUAGUAGUAAUGGCAAAGUUUGUUUUGAUGUUUUUCUUGAUAACUUGUUUCCUAAGCCUAUUAGGCCGUCUCUAAAAUUGACCCAGCUCUUUAUUUUUCAUUGAAUUUUAGUUUUAUGUAACAAACCAUGUUUAGGACCAGCUACCUGUUCUAAUGUUUUUGGUUUGGUUUUUGGGUUUUUUUGUUUGUAUGUUUGCUUUUCUCCUGUGUUGAUUUUCACUUAUGAUAGUGGUACCAUUUUUUGGAUGUGUAAUGUUUAUAUGAGAAAACAAAAAGCUGAUGUAUAGCCCUGUAUACAGUGUAGAUACUAUUUUUGUAAAAAAAGAAAAAAAAAACCCAAGGCUAAAUUAAUGAACAAGAGUACUGAGUGUUUCAUCAUUAAAUUUUUUCUGUAUUUCUUGUGCAUUAAUCUGGCCAUAAUUUCCCUGUAUAUUAUGUUCAUGUAGCUGAGUUUGUAAUUUUUGUUAACUAGAUCAGGUUGUCAGCAUUUGUUGGUUAUAAGUGAACAUCACAAUUUUCCCCAGUUGAGUUUAAGCCAAAUAUGUGCAUAGAAAAGGGUAUUCCUGCUAAUGGAAGAUGGAGAUUUUUAGGAUGUGUUAAUUCAGUUUUUGUAUGUUUAACUUUUAUUAAAUAAAGUGUUUUUAAAAUCUCCAGGGUGUGUUAACAAAAAGGUGAAGGCUUAGCUGCCAUCACUGAUACAGUGAUUAAGCGUACAUCAUUUCCACAGAAAAGAUUAUUGAGCAUGUGAUAAAGGUUUUGAUAAAUCCUUAUGUACUCAUAUUGGACAUAAGAAAUGGGAUCCUAAAAGACAAACCAGUUUUAUUUUAAGGGUUGCCACUUGUAUACAGGUGUUUGUAAAUUUUUGGUAGAAGGGGGAGGUAACAUUUUCAUUUCAUGAAUUUUAAAUUUUUUGUAAAUUGAAACUUACAGGAGGACAGUGAUUAGAGAACUUCUCAUGUCAUCCCUCUAUCUCUCUCCAACUGUUUUUCCCCCCUGUAAUUUAUGGCCAGGGUAGAGAAUAUAGGACAAAAUGGAAGGUGAAGUGUUUUUCAAUACAAGUCACAAAUAACAGUAGAAAAAGGGCUACUUAGCCUGAAAAACUUUUAAAUAAAAUAUACUGAUAUUCUUCUUACUAGUAUAACAAACUAUAUAAGUCAGUAGUAUCCUUAAAGGAUUACAAGGGAAGCUAUUAAACAGGACUGAAAAGAAAUUUGAUGUAUUCUGUGACUACACAAAAUAGUUUUUGAUGAGAUUACCUUGCUCUGUUACCUUUUCUGCACAUUAAUUUCCCUGGAGGGCUUUGCAGUAGGAGAGAAAAGGAGGAAAAAAGUGACUAUGUGGUAGAAAAUAUUUCUCAAAAAUAGGCGUAUUGAAUGAAAUCAAGAGCCUUUGUAUCAAAGACCUAGGUGUGGCCCUUUGAAAAGUUCUGUUGUCAGGAUGAUAGAGUCUCUAGACUAAAGUUAAAGAUGAGGAAUCCAGGGGAGUCAUGGGUGGUAGUGUGAUGCUUAAGCUGAGAAGAUGCUUAUUGAGAAGCAUACCAUUGGUACUUUACAAAUGCAGGUGGCCGAGCUCUCAGUAUGCGAAAAUCAAAUAUGAUGCUUGGUCUUAAGAAACUGUGUUACAAAAUUUAGAGUUUCCCCUCUGUCAAGAAAGGAGACUUGAAGCUCUGAAACUGACAGACUGAACCGUACUCAAUGGCCCACACGUUGCUAUGGUUGCAUCUGUCUUCUCAAAACUUGUUGACUUUGUUAUUGACCAUUGCAAGGAAAGAACAGUCCUAACACCCCAAAACAAGUAAAUAAUUUUAAUAAUCACAGAUUGAAAAAUUUUAAUUAACAUCAAGAAAGGCCAUAUAUUGGAAGAGCAAGGACUCUGGAGCCAAACUGCUCUGAAUCUUGGCUCCCUCCUUAUCUCUGUGCAAAACUCUUUGCAUCUCUUUCCUCAGCUAUGGCAUGAAAUUCAUACUUGUUUCAUUAGGUUUUAAGGAUGAGUCAGUAUGUAUAAAGUGUUCAGUAGAGUACCUGGCAUAUUGUAAGCACUAUAGGUAAGUGUUUGCUACUACCGUGCAGAUGUAAUGAUGAAUAUCUGAUCUUUUUUCCUUAUCUUGAAAAACAAUUCACAUUAUAAUGGAAAUAUUACCCAAUUGCUUUUGAUUUGAGGCUCCUAAUUAUAAGUACUACUGAAGUGUUACCCAUUACCAAAGUUGUAAGACAUACUAAGUAUAUGCUGGUUAAAGUUUUAAAUUUUUGUGUUGGAAUAUUUUAGGGUUUGUUUCUUAAUGGGAAGGGGGUACAGGUCAUAAAAUAACCCCUAAUUCUUAUUUAUUUUUUGGUUUUGUCUUUUUAGGGCCGCACCUAUGGCAUAUGUAAGUUCCAGGCCAGGGGUCAAAUCGGAGCUGCAGCUGCUGACCUAUACCACAGCCACAGCAACUCGAUCCGAGCCACGUCUGCGACCUACACUGCAGCUUGUGGCCACUCUGGAUCUUUUAACCCACUAAGCAAGGCCAGGGAUUGAACCCUCAUCCUCAUGGAUAGUAGUCAGAUUCUUAACCUACCAAGCUGCAGUGGGAACUCCACCAAUUCUUAUUUAAAAUUGAAGAGGAAUUCUUGGAUCUGGGUCCUACCCCAGACCUAUCUAGGACAAAGAUAUGUCUUUUUUUUUUGACAAAUGUGGUUGAUUCUGAUGUACAUCCCUGACUGAACACCGUGUUUUAGGUUAGAUGUGAAAAUGGUUUGAUUUUUGAAAUGAAGUAAAAAUUUCCUUAAUUGGCAAUUUUCUGAGCCCAAUUAUGAAGACUUAGGCUUCUACCCAAAAUGAAAUACAUCUAUUUAUUGUAAGA